AUGAAGGGACUCCAGGCUGGAAUCCCACUCGCGGCCCUGGCUGCUGUCGCCCGCGCUACCUCGGUCAUUGGGGGCUCGCAGGGCGAGGACCGCGGCAGUGACGCCGCGCUGCCGGUCGACAACAAGUUCCGGAGCGAGGUGAAUGACUACCACUCGGACGACCACUCGUUCGACCUGGAUGCGAAGAAGACCGUCAUCGAGCCAGGCCAUGGCCGUCGCCCUCACCAUCACAAGGCCAGAGAGGAAGUGAUCCAAUCCAACAACGGAGUUUCCGAGGGGUCCACUUAUGUCAAGCCGCAAGUCCACGCGGAGUCGAACAACGAGAACUCGUACCAUGAAGAUGACCACUCCGUAGAGCUGGAGAAGGAUGUCGUUGAGGUGGUGUCGCCUCACGGUCGUCCCAAGCACCACCAUGCUCGUGGUCAGCACGAGGACGUCGACGUCAUUGGAGGACCCGGCGGUGUUGACACGGGUAAUUCGUUUGCUUUGCCCAUCACCAGCAAAUUCUCGUCCACAGUCAAUGAUGCCUAUGUGGAUGACCACUCGCGUGAUAUUGAUGUCGAUACCACCAUCGUGAAGCCCAAAUCGCACCCCCCAAAUCACUUCAAGGCUCGCGGAGGGCACGAAGACGUCGAUCUUAUUGGCGGCGCCGAGGGGAUUGACACCGGCAACAGCUUCGAUAUGCCGAUCACGAGCAAGUUCUCGUCCGUUGUCAAUGACGCGUAUAUUGAUGAUCACUCCCGUGAUAUUGAUAGAGACACCACCAUCGUCAGCCCCAAGCACCACGGACCUGCUCACUUCAAGGCACGCGAUUAUCAUGAGGAUGUGGAUCUUAUCGGUGGGCCCGAGGGAGUUGAUGUCGGCAACACGUUUGAUUUGCCCAUCACCAGCAAGUUUUCUUCCACUGUGAACGAUGCCUACGUCGAUGAUCACUCGCGCGAUAUUGAUGUGGAUAAGACUAUCGUCAAGCCUCACCACCACAAGGCCCGUGGAGGCCACGAGCACGUGGACGUUAUCGGCGGCCCUGGCGGAGUCGACACAGGCAACACCGUUAGCAUCCCUAUCACUAGCAAGUUUUCGUCUGAAGUCAACGAUUAUUACCAAGACGACCACUCCCGCGAUAUUGAUGUGGAUAAGACUAUCGUCAAGCCUCACCACCACAAGGCCCGUGGAGGCCACGAGCACGUGGAUGUUAUCGGCGGCCCUGGCGGAGUCGACACAGGCAACACCGUUAGCAUCCCUAUCACCAGCAAGUUUUCAUCUGAAGUCAACGAUUAUUACCAAGACGAUCACUCCCGCAAUAUUGAUGUGGAUAAGACCAUCGUCAAGCCUCAUCACCACAAGGCUCGUGGAGGCCACGAGCAUGUGGAUGUGAUCGGUGGACCCGGGGGUGUCGACACCGGGAACACCUUCGACCUGCCAAUCACGAGUAAAUUCUCUUCCGUCGUUAACGACGCAUAUGUUGAUGAUCACUCUUUUGAUCUGGACAAGGAUACCACAAUUGUUCGUCCCCACCACAAGCGGGAGCACGUGGAUGUGAUUGGUGGUCCUGGUGGGGUUGAUACCGGCAACACAUUCGACCUCCCUAUCACAAGCAAGUUUUCGUCUGAAGUGAACGAUUAUUACCAAGACGACCACUCCCGCGAUAUUGAUGUGGAUAAGACUGUUGUGAAGCCUCACCACCACAAGGCUCGUGGAGGACACGAACAUGUCGAUGUGAUCGGUGGCCCCAGCGGGGUUGACACUGGGAACACCUUUGACAUGCCAAUCACCAGCAAAUUCUCCUCGGAGGUGAAUGAUUACUACAAGGAUGACCACUCCUGGGAUUUGGAUUAUGAUAAGACAAUCGUGCGUCCUCACCACAAGCGACAGCAUGGCGAGCACGUUGACCUGAUCGGUGGAGCCGAGGGGGUCGAUAUCGGCAACACAUUCUCGCUGCCGAUCACCAGCAAGUUCUCCUCGGAAGUGAACGACUAUUACAAAGACGACCACUCGUGGAACGUUGACCUUGACAAGAAGAUUGUUCACAAGCGCCAGCACGGUGAUGACGUUGAGCUGAUCGGCGGACCUGAGGGGGUGGAUGUCGGCAACACGUUUUCUCUGCCUAUCACCAGCAAGUUCUCCUCGGAAGUGAACGACUAUUACCAAGAUGACCACUCUCGGGAUAUCGACUUCGAUACUACUAUCGUACAACCCCAUCACCACAAGGCCCGUGGUCAGGGCGAGCAUGUCGACGUGAUCGGGGGGGCUGAGGGUGUUGAUAUUGGCAACACAGUUGAUAUCCCUGUUAGCAACUUCUUCAAGUCCGAGGUCAACGAGCAGGUCUAUGACGAUCACUCGGUCGAUGUUGAUAUCAGCAAGCAUCAUGCGCGCCGUGGACAGGACUUCAGCAUUCUGGGAGGCCCCUCUGGCGUCGACGUCGGCAACAGCGUGGUCAUGCCUUUCACCAACACGGUAGAUGUCGAAUCCAACAGUUAUCACAAGGAUGAUCACUCUGUGCACGCACAGGUCACUACCACCAUUCCCAAGCAUGACACUCCUGCCCCGGCCCCGGAGCCGCAGCAUGAGGAGCCCAAGCCGGAGGAACCCAAGGCAGAGCCCCAUGCGGACGAACCUCCCAAGCAGCCCGAGCCCAAGUCAUCUUCGUCGUGUGAACCCACUGUUCAGGAGAUCGUUCGCACGCUGACACACACCCUGCCCACGGAGUCCACAUUUGCCCCCAAGGUUGACGCUGUGGCGACCGAAGCUUCUGCACCUACUCACUCCGCACCGGCCCCAAGUGAGCCUACCAAGCCUGCUGCGCAGUCUAACCCCACCCACGAGGCCGCAGCUCCAACCAGCCCCUUCACUCCAAACUUGGAUGAAGCUCACCAUGUUCCGGGCUCUGAGCCAUCCGCCACCGACGUCGUGCAGAGUGCGAUGACGACUGCCGCGCCUGCCCGCACGGAGCCGGUUGUUAUGGACAAGGUCGCGUCCAGCAUCACGAUUAAGCAAGAUUCCACUUUCCACGUGAUUCCCGUGUACGUGCCAGUGUCCUCUGCCACCACUCCGUCGUCGCACGCUGUUCCCACGGCGGUCACGAGCGUUGCUGGGACCCACUCGACGGGCGUCGACGCCUACCAACCCACUCUCCGCUACAACCUCCCCCCGGCUGCGCCGUCCGCAUCAUCCACCGGGCUCCUGUUCACCGGGGCUGGAGCACCUCAGGCCGCACCUUACGCUGGCGUCUUUUCGGUCUUCUCUGGUCUUGUGGCUCUCCUGGCCUUGAUCCUGUAGGGUCAGCCACGCCAUUCUCUUAAAAACUGUCUCUAUUCCACGCUUCCCACUGAAUAUGUUCACCGAAGGUUCUGUCAUCGUUGUAUCACAUACUCGACACCACUCACUCAUUUAGUACAAAGGGAGGGGCAUCCCGGUUGUUCUGCUGUAUUUUAUUCCUACUGUUUUCCAUUCGUUAGACUUCAAC